AUGGCUACAAGGCAGGCGAGGAGGCUCGACAAGCUGUCCCUCGACGGUGACGCUGUGCGGAGGCCAGAGGACUGGGGCCAGCUGCUGCUCGCAUUGCGUCAGAACGUACAGGUCUAUAAGGUCCGCAUAGUCUCAAAGGGACACAAGGAGUGGAGCGCAGCCCAUAGGAGCACGAUCCAGUCUAGAGCCGAUGCCGAAAAGCAAAAGAAAGUCAGUAAGGCUUUGCCCGCGUUGUUGGCGAACGAGAAGAUCCCCAAGUACCUAGCCAGUUCCGUUAAAGGAUGUCUCGUUGUCAACCCUGUAUUGACGGAGCUGGAGCUGGCGGGAAUCCCGUUUACCCUGAGUGCCUUGCAAACAUUGGCCCAGGGUUUGCUACAUGGACGGACAUUACAGCAACUGUCAUUAGCGCGAUGUGGCAUCGGCGAUAAAGGCCUCUUCGCAAUCGCAACAUCGCUCAAAUCCCUCCCUGCCCUCACCUCUCUCAACUUCGGCGAUUGCUCUCUGACAUGCUGGGGCGCCGCCGUCCUGCGCAACCUCCUGAAUAGCAAGGCUGUGCGCCGUCAAGCCGCCAUCUGGGAGUGUACAUUGCGCGGCGGUCCAUCAAAGCGCGAUCAUCGUCCUCGAGUGCGGACAACGUCAGCAAAUGAUGGAGGAGUUUCAGAUCCGACUCCGGCUUUUGCUAGUGGACUGCCUAGUCCGAUCAAACGGCUGACGCUGUGUCACAAUCAGUUGGGCGAUAAUGGCGUCCAUUAUUUAAUGGAAGCGCUUGUGGAGGAGAUCGGAUUGGAAGCAUUGGACCUUCAGUUCAAUGGCAUCUCAGGCAUCGGUGCAGGCAUCGUGCAACAAGUAUUACAUUUGAACAAGGAGCUGAAGAUUGUGGAUUUGGGCUCCAACGACGUUGAAAACGACACCCUCGACACCCUCUUCCGUUUUCUCCAGUCCAACGGAGGGCCGUCGCCAGAUUAUCUCGCCAGAAGCCCUCUGGAUCCCUCUGGAAAGCUCUCUCUCCAAUACCUCGACCCUCUCGAUCCACUGCGGAACACAUACAUCGCCCCGAAAUCCCGCAUCACGCCCAAGCCGCGGCCACGCGGGACGAAGAGCGGCGAUGUCGGUUCGAAAGGUGCCCAUUCAGGGAACAGCAAUUCAUUGCGCGAAAGGCCACCAUUCAAAGUCGGCCCAGCAGCGGUUACAAAGUAUGAGAGGCACUUGAACGACGCGAAACGACCCUCGAAUAGGAAGAGUGAGUCGCUUGCGCACCCAAGAUCGGCGGCACCCACUACGUCCCCGCAUAGUGGGCGAAACGCUCCUCUACAUACCUUGCAGGUCGAUCUGGAGGCCGAUCAACCCAAUUUGCUCCGUCAAAACGCGAUGUUGAGGCGACGGUUGAAAGAUCUGGAGAGGGUCAUUCUCGAAAGGAAAAACGAUGAUGCCGGCGAUGCGCAUGUCCGUGACUUGCGAAGUGGAAAGGAAACUCCGGUCGAGGAAGGGUAUCAGGAUUUUGGGAGGGCGAGCGUGGCUACCGUUCUUGACGAGGACAGACGACCGAGAGUCGAGCCACGAAAGAAGACAAUGAACCAGCCAAGUAUCACAGAACCAGUCGUAUCACCUCCAGAAGCCCGACGGCAAGCACAUCGCAUUCCAGUUCAAACGGAUACCACACCUCUGCCCCCAUGCGAGCCAAAAAAACCCACCAGAAGCAAAUCCCCACUGCCCACCUCCAAUCCCCAACCACAUUCCCAUUCCGCCCCCACCCGCUCAUCAAAGGCCCCACGACCAACAACCCCCCCAACGCCAAACCCGAGCCACCUCCAAAACGCCCACCUCCAAAACUCCACCUUGCAAUCGCAACUCGCCACCCUUGUCGACAUCAUGCAGUCCUCACUACAAGGCUUCCACACACUACUGGACCGGAUCGAGGAUCGCGAGGAGAGACGGAGGGAGAGGGAGCGGAGGAGGCAUCGGAAGAGGAAGGGGAGUCGGCGGAGGGAUGGGGGUGGAGGUGUGGAAAGUGUGGGCAGUGAGGGGAGGGUGAGGAGCGGGUGGGAUGGGGGGGAUAGUAGUGAGGAAGGUGGAUGAUAGUGUUGGGAACAGAAGUUUGGAAGAGGGUGGGUGGAGGAGGGGUGGAUGACUGUUUUGCUUUUGGCUUGCGUUCCUAAAAACCAUGCGGACGUGUUAUGGUCACACGCCGCAUUUUCGAACAGACUAUCCUGCUCCCUCUGGACUACGGACUGCAAAAUCUUGAGAUAAAAAUAUGAACCGGAAGAGACUCGUCAAAUCCACAGACCCUAUGUUGGAUCCAUUUUCCCUCGAUAAUCAGCUCUUUGAAAAAAAGUUUGGCACCAAUGCCAAAAAAAUACUGGGGACGCAGAACAACUGGCUCACCAUGUGGCCCUCUGCUGGAUCUGGAGUUGGUUCCAAGA